AAAAUAUUGUGAUUUGUGAGUGAAAACAUAGAAAACACAAAGUGACGGAUUGUUCUGUGAAGAAAAUCCAGAAUUUUGCAUUAUUCCCCGUAUUUGUGAUUCAGGAAGCACCGUAGAAUGAUGGACAGUAGGGAGAUGAAGCUAUACAUUGAGGGCCUUGCCUCGGAAACGGACAAGAGGACUAUUUAUAAGAUUCUCAUCAAGCUUCGGGAGCAAGUCAAGUCUCGACCGGGAAUUGAGCUGUUUAGCGGACUGGAUGGGCUCAAGCCACUAGUGGAGCUCAUCAAGAAGCCAAAUGAGAAGAAUAUUGACAUGGCAUUGUCCAUCAUUGGGAAUUGCUGUACCGUAGAAGACUGUGCAAAGAAGGCUGGGGACUUGGGAAUUGUUCCUCCACUGAUUUUACUUCUGAGAACAAUGACCAGCGAUAGCAUUCAGUGCCGAGCUUGUAGGAUUUUGGGAAAUAUAGCAGCUGAUGAUGGUAUUGCAAAGAUCAUCAAUGAUCGCGGAAUUGCUGCUAUUCUCAGCGGGAUUCUCGAUGAAACCAAGCCAAUCGCCACACUUGUCAUGGCAGUACGGCUGGUGACGAAAUUGUGGAAAGUAGCGGCGUUCCAAGGGGAAGCUCGGCAAAGCGGGAUUCCCAGGCGAAUGAUGAUGAUCAUUAUAAAAUACUCACGAAAUGCCAAUAACGCGGGUGCUACAGGUGGUGGCACAGUCUCACCGGAAGUCAAGGAGAAUGAUGCCCUGGCAAAGUUGCAUCCAGACAGGGAAUUCCGUGAAACCACACGGAAAAUGUUCAAUAGAAUGGUAGAGCGCAUGGAGAGUGUCCGAAGUGAUGUCUUUGACUAUGGACUUCUGGGCAGAGAACAUCCGCCGCCCCCAAGUUCGGAGAAUGAUGAAUUUGUUGCACCAACUGGGGCAGAUAAGUGUGAUCUCUUCACUGGAAUCCUCCGCUGUCUGCAGAUUAUGGUGAAAACAAAUGCAUCACAAAUAGCAGAUCUCCUUCUUGCCGAUGGCAAUGGAUUCAGAUGUCUUGUGGCUCUGGCCAGGAGUGGUGGACAAUUCCGAACACUCGCCCUCACAAUUCUCGGUAGUUUGGUCUUUGAUUAUCAUUCACGCGAGGAAAUUGGAAGUGCCAAUGCUGUCUCAAUGGCCAGUGAGAUUCUUCAGCAAUACAACCCCGAUGAGCCGGAAAAAUCUCUAACUGCCGUGGAAAUUCGAUGCUGCAUCAAUAUUAUUUGCCUCUUGGCUGAAGAUGCGUGCAAUCGUGCCAAAAUUCGUCACAGUGGAGCUCUCAAGAAGCUCCUGCAGCGCUUCCGGGAGACAGAAUGUCGUCAGGAGAGGGAUAUGAUUAUGUAUGGAUUCACAUUUUUCUGCUACGAUCAAAUGAGCAUUGUUCUGUUGGUGCGUGAGGGUCUCAUUGGGGCAUUGAUCAAGAGGCUAAUGGAAGAGCUGACAGACGCCAAGGUGGAUCAUGUGCCCAUUGAGAAGGAGGUGCAGGAAGUGAAGGUUACGAAGAGAAAGCGUUUUGCUGCAUCGGACAUUGCGCAUCUCAUGAAGCGGCUCAGAAGUCGAAGUCCCAAACCGGCAGAACCAGGAUCUCCGGGUAGUUCCAGUGGCUAUGGGAGUUUGUACACCAAUCACGGCAGCCCAAGUAGUUUCUGUAGCAUUUCACCCAAAAGUAGCUCUCCGCGGAGUACUUAUAUGGACUCAGAUGAUGAAUCAGUAAACUACUCACCUGUAUGCAGUGAUAACGAGGAGGAGGAGAUCGCACCACCACCAGCAGCAACGGAAGAUAUUCCCCAACAUUUGUACGAUGAAGAUUCCAAAAAUUCUGCUGGAAGCUUCCGGACAGAGGCUGAAAUUGAUGAGACAUCGCAGGAACCUCCACAGUUGGAUGUAGCACCACCGAAAGAGCUUCAAACUGAAGGAGUGGAAAAGUGUACGAUUAAGAGAAUCCUCCUCCUCUUGAGGGACAUGCCACUGAGGCUAUCUCAUGCUCCGGAAUUGGCCAAAGUGGACAGCUUGACGGCUCUACUUAAGGCAUGUCGCUUCAUCUCCAAUCCCCAUGCGUACUGCAACAAAAUCCUCUAUUUUGUCGUCCAGGACACGAAGAAUUUCGUUCCUCUGCUCCAGAAUGAUUUUGUCAUUGAUCUGUACAAACUACGGCGCACCGGGUACGAUCACACGAAUUGCCAAUCCUGCGAUGAGAUGAAGAACAUCAGCAGCUCCGUUCUCGGGGGAUUGAGCUCAAUUGCAGAGUCUGGAUAUGGACGUGGGGAAUUAGCUCAUUAUAUCCUUACUGGGGAGCAAGAUAUGAGGAAACAUGUCGCCAUUCUCACGACAUUCAUCAUUCGCGAGCCAAAGUUCCUCUACACAUUCCUUGUGGACUACAGUGCUCUCUAUACCGUUAUGGAGAUCAUUCUCACGGAUACCACGGAAUUGGGAGAGAAGGCGUGUCUAGGGAUUACAGCAUUAGCAGGGAAUCUCAGUAUCUGUGAUGGCCAGAUAAGCUCUGAAGAGACGACUGAUACCCGGGAGUAUGAUGAGGAGAACUACACGACAGUUGGAGAUGACGAAGCAAUGAUUACGUUUGUGGUGAAGGAUAGCCAGAAGGUGGAUUUCAGCGAGAGCAUCCUCAAAGAGUGCAGUGAUGUCUUCAAUUCGAUGCUAACGAGUCAAUUUCGGGAAUCCAUCAACAAGGAAAUCCACAUGACGGAUGUUAGUGUAGCAGGCAUCAAGUACUUCCUGAAUCUCAUAGUUCUUCAUCACACGGAAUCCCUGGAAUGUGUGCCACUUGCAUUUGACAUGACCCCCGCACUGGAAGCGUAUGAGCUCUCAAUGCGCUACAUGCUGACGGACAUUGAGAUUCCCCUUUUGGGCGUUAUUCGGCGGAUAAUAAGCGAAACAAGCGUCCUCAGUGUCUUUGAGUGGGCCAUGAAGAACAACAAUGCUCAGCUGCUGGAGAUCUCGGUCUACUACUACCUCACCUCCGACAUUUGUAGCAACAAGAAGCUCAACAUGUACCGCGAGGCUGAUAUGUCCGAGUAUGGGAAUCAGUGGAAUCAACUCAUUUUGGACACAAUUGUUGACAAAUGCGUGGCAUCAAUGGAUCUUUCUUAGGGACAACUAGGACAGCAGGGGAAGACAAGAUGCCAAUUUAAAUUGCCAGUAUAGGAAUUUUUUCUCGAACCUAGCGGCUUCAAAAAAGUAAACUUUCAGCCUGGCUACAGAAAGCUUUUAAAGAAUUUCUAUUUAACUGUAGUUAUAUUUUAUUUUUUAAGUAAAUAUAAAUGUAUUGUAAAAUGCACGAUAUAA